AAAAUGUUGAGUGAACUUUUGUAUUGUAGAUAUUGAAUGUCCGAAAAUGGCGGGUCGAGCAAAUUUUAAACAGGAAACUAUUCUGAAGCUGUUACAGAUGCAAUUUAAAGAUGAGAAAACAAGAGUUAGUGGUGAUGCUCAGAAAGUGAUGACAACUUUGAUGCAGAUCUAUGUUUCAGAAGCUGCAGCAAGAGCAGCAAAGCAGGCAAAGAAUGAAGGAACAACAGUUGUCGGAGUGGACCAUUUUGAGAAGAUUUUACCACAAUUGAUGCUUGAUUUUUGAAUGAGAGCAAAGUGAUGACAGCUGAGUAUCUGGACAAGGCAUCACCAGGCAGUGUAAUCACUUUAAGGAUUUUCUCCUGAAGCUGUGAUUUGUUCGGAAAUAUUUCAGAUUACGUGAUCAAAAAUUACGUCCAUGCAGAGAACCCACCAUGAAUCAUAUUUCAAGGACUGGAGGAUAUUUCAUACAAGGUGUUAAGCUGGGACAUAAUUAAACAUGCCAGGGAGGCAGUCUUUUUAACAAUUAAGUUGGAGACAGUUUUGGCACAGAAGACU